AUGGUUGCCUUUAGUAAGAUCAUCACAAUCGUCGGGCUUGCCUCGAUCGCCUCGGCUGCACCUACAGCGAAGGCAAGCAGCAAGUUUUCUGUCAAACAGGUCGCUCGUCCGGCUACGAAAACUACCAAUUUUGCGGCAGCUUACGGGCAUGCACUCUCAAAGUACGGUGCUACCGUGCCUUCUCAUGUCGAGGCUGCCGCCGCUGCGAGUGGUGUUGCAACUAACACGCCCGUGAACGGCGAUGAAGAAUAUUUGACGCCUGUCACGCUCGGUGGCAAUACUCUCAAUUUGGACUUUGAUACAGGGUCCGCUGAUCUUUGGGUCUUCUCAACGGAACUGCCUACCUCUGAGCAAUCUGGCCACUCCGUAUAUAAUCCUAGCACUAGCGGCACUGAGCUGAGUGGCUAUACGUGGUCCAUCUCGUAUGGCGAUGGAAGCAGUGCCAGCGGGAAUGUGUAUACAGAUUCGGUUACCGUUGGCGGCAUUACUGCACCCAGCCAGGCCGUCGAGGCUGCUCAGACAAUCAGUUCCCAGUUCCAGCAGGACACGAAUAACGACGGGCUUCUUGGUCUUGCCUUUAGCAGUAUCAAUACCGUGCAGCCUCAGGCUCAGACCACUUUCUUUGAUAGUGUCAAGGCUUCCCUUGACCAACCCCUCUUUGCUGUUGCACUGAAACACAAUGCGCCUGGUGUUUAUGACUUUGGCUUCGUUGAUUCUUCCAAAUAUACAGGGUCCAUUGCGUACACUAGCGUGGACAGUUCUCAAGGCUUCUGGAGCUUCAAUGUCGACGGCUACACUGCGGGCACUCGGUCUGGUGGCGGUUUCAGUGGCAUUGCCGAUACUGGUACCACAUUGCUGCUACUUGAUGACUCAAUUGUAUCGGCGUAUUAUUCUCAGGUCAGUGGUGCAAAGAAUAGCCAAACUGCCGGUGGCUAUGUCUUUGACUGCUCUGCCACGUUGCCCGAUUUUAGUGUCAAUAUUGGCAGUUACACUGCAACUGUUCCUGGCUCGUUGAUCAACUACGGUGCAUCUGGUGUUGGCUCUACCUGCCUUGGCGGUAUUCAGUCAAACUCUGGCAUUGGUUUUUCUAUCUUCGGUGAUAUCUUCCUGAAAAGCCAGUACGUCGUUUUUGACUCCGCUGGCCCUCAGCUCGGUUUCGCCCCCCAGGCAUAA